CUCAAGUUGUCGUCUGACAAGAGACGAAUGGAUGAGUCUUUGUCGCAACCAUGAGUGGCCGAGGGUUAUGGAAUCAACAUGUAGAUGGAAAAUGGUACCGCUUCUUCGACGCGCCCCGCGCCAUCAUCUCUCCCGCAUCACCCGCGACGCUGCGAGUCCUCCAGCUCUGGGCCGCGGACACAUUCGACCUCACGCCGUGGGAGCUCGCCCCAUUCCCCUCGCCCCUGCACAGCGAUCUGGACGUCGUCUACACGAUCGACAAGGACCGCGGACUGUUGACGGUCGCGCAAUGGGAUAGCACCGACGGUGUCCCAUCCCGCCUGACUCGCCAGGUUAAACUUGCUAACAUCUACGAUCCUUCGGUUCGCACACUAGAUGCGGUUCUCGCCGAGAAGGGGAAUGCCGUUAAGCAGCUUCGCAUCCCGAGACCUCGCCUCCCGGCUAUCUUUCCGGCCAUGGAUUGGCCGAUCGAGCCGCCCACGCCGCUGAACGAGCUUCAAUUCCGCUGUUUCGUCGACUUCGUCCGUCUGUGGCGGUUUUAUCUUGACGACCUGUCAGGUUGGUCGGAUCGGUCUCUCCUCCGGACGAUGGCGAUGGGUGUCCUGCGCAUCGCGGCAUGGGAUUUUGAGGUCCGCUUCGGCGGGGACACGGCGGAUGUGCCUGCUACAUUCUCCUCGUUACCGCGAUGGCCAGCUCCCGCUAACGAUAUCUUCUGGUUCCAUGGGUUCCUCGUCACUUUGUACAGUCCUUUUGAGUCACUCGACCAAGCGGUCCACAAUGCACAAGCCUACUUGGAGAACAGUCAAUGCAGCACACCGACCGUCCGCGUGCUCCUCCUCUCGCUCAGCCACGUGACCCUCCUGGAGGUAUCCGGCCCCAGUGCGGAGUGCUCUCCAACUUUACCUCUGAUCACCGACUCGUCAGCACUACACCCUUCCCCGGGAUUCCGGGCUCUAGCCUCUCUCCUAACCUCGCAGACUUCAAAAACGCCCCGAUGCGCGAGAGAGGAAUGGGGCGUGAACCUCCCGACAGAGAUCUUCGAGACCAUGGUCCUAGCCCUGCCGUCCCGGGACCUGGUAUCCUUUGCGCAGGCAUCGCUCAGAGUCGAAAAAUGGUACUAUGCAUCCUCGUCCUCCGUUCCCCAGCUCGGCGGCCUCUGCGUGCAAAGCUUCGAGUUCUCACGGCCGUGCUGUGGCGAAGGCUAUCAGCCUACCGGGGGAAGUGUCGCCUGCUCCAUCUGUUACACAUGGUCUCACACGCACUGCCUUGGUUUAGGAACGCUUCCCCCCAGCGAGGUGUUCAAAUGUGCAAGCUGUCAGCAGGACGCGACAUGCAGCGAGUUGGGGAAUGGUGGGAUUCACCGAACGUACCUCACGGGGCGGUGCACCACGCCCGCAAGGUGCAGGGUGGCUGUCGACGGGGCGACGAGAUUGCUGACGCUGCGCACAUCGGAGCCCGCUGCUCUGCGGCCGGAGUUGCGGGGCUCCACUAGUGGCUUGACAAUUUCUCCUGGCGAGACGAACUAUGCGAUCUGUUUCAAUGGGGUUUUCUCGGGUCUGGCGUAUGGGCUGGAUGAUUGUGAUGAAGGAUGAGAGAGAAUCUCUCCGCAUCCGGGGUCGAGUCGGUCUGAUGGAGGGAAGUGCAGUACACCUUGUUAGUCUGCUGAAUAGGAGAUAGGCCGGAAGCCUUGGCGACCAGAGGGACAGUAGAUUACCUCAAUCUAGCGAAUCACCGGGCCAAGCAGCAAGGAAAUGAGCUGUCGGCGGUCUGGAGGCCUAGCAGUCGUUCGUUCCUCGGACAGCCUCGCGUAGCCUGAAUUCAUCC